CGAAGCCCCCUUCAGCAGCGUAUCGAACAUAACAUGGCGCCAAGGCAGACAACUCCUUCGACAGUAUUUACAAGAGAUCGGCUAUGCGGAGACGAUAAUUGACGUCAGGUCGAAUCGAGUCCGCUCCCUCCUCGGUCUCAAUAACAACACUGAGCAGCAGGACGAUGGAGCAGGCGGCCAAGGAGUCGGACAGAACACGGGAGGCGGAGUGACGGGAACAGGCAGCAUCAACGGCAACGGUAACGAGACACACAAACGCGCUGGUGAUAAUCAAGGUCGCCGGACGCCAGCUAAAAAAUCUCAACCUAGUUCGAUGGCGGAAGCGAUGAUAAUGGACUCGGAAGCUGCGGUGAUGGCAAAUUUCGAGUUUUUAGCGCAGACCGAUGUCGAUAUGUCAGAUGACGAAUUGUCAGACGAAAUCGAUUUGGAGGCUACUGAUUCGUCUUGUCAUACAACACGGCGUAAAAUCAGAAAUAAAACAUCUGAUGAUGUUGAUGCUGAAGCAGAAGAAGUUCUCAACGAAUUGAAUCUACUGACAGAAACCGAAGAAUCUGGAGAUCUGAGAUCACAAGGUGAUCAAGCUGACUGGAUACAGGCAUCAGGAUUUCAAAAUGCAAAUGUGAAUCGCUGUGGUUUAACUAAUCUUAAAGGCGAUGAAGAAAAUAUGGACACAAGUCUUGGUCUUGGCGAAUUAGCUCAACUGACGGUGAAUAACGAUGCUGAAUCAUCAUACGAUGUGUCUAGUACAAAAGAUUCUUUUCGUAAAACUUGGAAUGCAAAGUACACACUACGAUCACAUUUUGAUGGCGUAAGAGCAUUAGCAUUUCAUCCGGUUGACUCAGUUCUCAUCACAGCAUCUGAAGAUCACACAUUGAAAUUAUGGAACUUACAGAAAACAGUACCAGCCAAAAAGUCUGCUAGUUUAGAUGUGGAACCUUUAUACACGUUUCGUUUACAUAAUGGUCCAGUUUUAUGUCUUACAAUGUCAACAAAUGGUCAGCAUUGUUAUUCAGGAGGCACAGAUGGAGCAAUAAAUAUGUGGAGUGUACCAAAUAUAAAUAUAGAUCCAUAUGACUCAUAUGAACCUGAAGUUUUCAUUACAACAUUAGAAGGUCAUACUGAUGCCGUUUGGGGUUUGUCUUAUCUAAAUCUUAGAACACAGCUUCUAUCAUGCUCUGCCGAUGGCACUGUUAAAUUGUGGUCUCCUGGUGUUAAAUCCCCAUUGUUGAACACAUUUUCAUCAGAACCUGAUGGUAUUCCUAGUUCUGUAGAUUUUGUCAGAGAUGAUCCUAGUAGAGUAAUAGCUGCUUACAAUACGUCUCAUUGUGUUAUAUUUGACAGUGAAACUGGAAAACAAGUAUUAAAAUUAGAAUCACCGGAGCUAUCAAAUAGUGUUACAGGGAAAAUGAUUUACAAAGUAGUCACACAUCCUACAUUGCCUGUGUCAAUAACUGCUCAUGAAGAUAGAAAUAUUAGGUUUUGGGAUAAUAAUACAGGACAGUUAAUACAUUCUAUGGUUGCACAUUUGGAUGCUGUUACUAGUUUAGCAGUGGAUCCCAAUGGUUUGUAUUUGCUGUCUGGUUCACACGAUUGCUCUAUAAGGUUGUGGAACUUAGACAACAAGACUUGUGUGCAGGAAAUAACAGCACAUAGAAAGAAGUUUGAUGAGAGUAUUUUAGAUGUGGCUUUCCAUCCAUCAAGGCCCUAUAUUGCUUCUGCUGGGGCUGAUGCCUUAGCUAAGGUUUUCGUUUAGGUUUAUUUAUUCAAAUACGAACACUGGCAUUUCAGUGUCGAAAACACCUCAAAGUACACUAGGUCUUCAAGUAGUUUGGUCUUUAUCACAAUAUGCAUUAAUAUAAAUAUAUAUAAUGUAUGUUAUUUUACAUAAUGUUAAUGAUAAUUUUUGAGAUAUUGUGAUGAUUUUUAAACUACAGUAAAUAUUUUUAUCAUAACAUUUUCUGCAUAGCAACUACAUUUUCUUUUAACCUUACGUGUUUUUUAAUUACUUCUCCCCUGUUGUCUAUUUUUGAAU